AUGAACGAAGAAAGGGAAUUUUAAAAGAAAGUACAAGUAGCAGUGGAUUCUGUAUAAAAUUAUAGAAAAUUCUAGUAUUUAGGAAAAAGAGAUAAAUAAUCAUAAAUGGUUGAAUAGAUUUAGAACGUUUUAGAAAGAGAAUAAUUGAUUGAUUAAGUUCAAAAAUUAAUUGUGGAAUUGAUUACUAAAUUAACAGAGCGUUUCAUUUCUAAUGUAAAUUCAAUAAAUACAAUUAUAAUAGAUGAAAAAGUAAGUAGAGAAUGAGAUUUUAAAAUUAAGGGAAACCAUACGAUCAACUCAUUAGAGAACAUAUUCUGCAGUAGAUAAAGAGAAAGUAGAAGAUCAAGUUUAAAGGACUUUGAAUAAGCAUGAUGUUUAAAUAAAUAUGUUAUUGGAGCAUCAGUAAUAUGUUUUUUAUUCUAUAUUAUAGAGCUUAAUUAAAAUAGAUGAGAUUAGAAGUACCAAGCAAUGAGAGUAUUUUAUUUAAUAUUAGUGAAAGAAAGAGUUGGAAAGUAGUAUUAAAAAGGAUUAAGAAGUAUUAAAAUUAGAAUUGGAGGAACAACUAAAAUCUUAUUAAAGAAAUUUCAAUUGUAUUUAUAUUAGAAAUAACAUAUAUUAGAGAAAUAAUAAACCAUUAUGCAAAUAUUAAAUGAUUUAGUUGUAAAGAUAGAGAAAAUUGAAAUAUCAUAAACAUAAUAAUAAAUAACCAUUGGUUCAGAUAAGAAGAAAAGGUGAGAAUUAAUUAUUGAAAAUAAAUAAAUUUAGUAUUAAAUUAUUUUAAUUAUGGGUUCUACAUUAUCCAAAAAAUAAGGAAAAGUUAUGGUAUUUGGUGGUUUAGGAUUAGCAGCAUUAGUAGGAGUAACAUUAAUUUUGUAUUUUUUUUACAUUCAUUUAGAAAAUCUAAACCUACUGAAGAAUAAGUCCAUACCAAAGCUGAAUCACCUAGAGAAUAUGCUAAACAAAUCAGUCAAAACUCAUAUUAACCUAAAGUAAGUACGAAUUAAGGCUAUGAUUAACUAUUCUAAUAAGUUGUUAAAUCAAUAUAGGUUGAAAGAUAAGGAUAAUUGAUUUAAAUAUCAACAAUUACACAAAUACUAGAAAAAUCAUUAGAUUUAGCAAAAGAUGAAUACAGUUAAAUAACUAUAGAAAAUAGAAAAAGUAAUAGCUAUCAAAUUAAUAUAUUUUAGAGAGAAGAGCUAUUAGAAAGUCUGAAAAUGCUUAAUAUCAAUAAAUGGUCUUAGAUUAUAAUGAAUAGGUUGAAAAUUUAUUGGAGAAAAAGUAAAUGGAGAUUUGUGACUUUUUACAAAUCAAAGAAACUGAAUUUUAAGAUAGUGUGAUGUCAUUAAUGGAAAGAGGAUUCUAUUAAUAAUUUUUCAUGAUAUAAGCAUCAAUUAGAUAAAAAAUAAAAGAUUCACUUCCAUCAACCAAAGAAAUUACUUUUGAUAUGUUAAAAAAGAUUAUUAAUUUCUAAAUUCAAGUAUUAAAGCAAUAGCCAUAAGAAUUAAAACAAAUUAUUUAAAACUUAUCUGUAAUAUCUUAUAUAUAUGUAUUCAGGUAAAUCAAGAAACAUAACAAUUAAUACCAUUAGCAAUUAAUACUAUUUUAGGGGACUUAGUUUAUGAGAAAUUUUAAAUUGAAGAGGAAGAUAUGAUGAAAAUUUUGUAGAAUUAAGGUAAAAGAUAUUUUAUAUAUUUAAGCCUAUUUUGCUGAUGUUCAAAUGCAAUAAGCUAUGGCUUAAUUGGAAGAAGCUAUGUAUAUGUUAAUGGCAUCAAUGGGAGGUGAUCAAAUGUGAA